AUGGCGGGUGAAAUUGAAGAGCCUUUCAGGUUUAAUUUUCAGGCAGAUACUUUAAACUCUGGCUCUAUCUCAUUUGGAAGGUUCGAAAAAGAAGCUCUUUGUUGGGAGCGAAGGUCAUCCUUCUCACACAACAGAUAUCUGGAAGAGGUAGAGAAAUACUCAAAACCAGGUUCAGUUACGGAAAAAAAGGCAUACUUUGAGGCUCAUUUUAGAAAGAGGGGACUUCUUGGUCAGAGUUCAUCUGAGUGCCAGAAUGGGACAGAAUAUCAAUCCAGUGAAAAUGACAUCUCAGAAAGUGCGGGGUAUGAUGAGCAACAUGAGCACAAGGAUGAGGGCAACUGUUCUGCACAUUUUCAUCAGAGUUCACACUGUUCAGUGCAUGACAGAGAGCAUGAAGUUACUGAAUCAGAAUCUGAAAGAGAAGAGUUUUCUACAUCAUAUGAACUUCAGGUUGAAUCUGCAUCUGAUACCAAUGCUGCAAACUUUGUUACUGAACAUGAAAAGACUGAAGAAGCAAAUCAUGCUGAAUUUGGCAAGUUACUUCCAACCAAUUCUGAGUCGGAUAUUGACAUAGAACAGAAUGUUCAGGAAGAAGGAUCCAGUUUGGAUACAAGGCAUAUGACGAAAAUCGACAUUGACUUGCACCCUAAUAAUCAUGUUUCUGAGGUAAAUAUUGGUGCUAGACCAGAAAACCAACAAGGCCGCUCGGGCCAGUAUUUUGAGGGGAGGAUUGCAUCAGGAAUCAAACAUGUGAUCCCAAGAUUGACAUCUCGAGUUAGUGCUGCACACGAGAAGAGAAGUAUGAAUAGUCAGGCUUUUAAAGGUUCUGGAACAAAACCUAGAGUAAAAGUCAAUGAUACUCCAGUAAAAUCCAAGGCAGAAAAGAAGACUCCACACGCGGUUGCUCAGAACAAGUGUUCAAUGCACAAAUUGCCUAAAUAUGAGGUUUUACCAGGUUCAAAGGCAAAAGUUAGCCCAGAGAUCAAAAGCUCUAAGAAAGAAUCUGGAAUCCAUCGAGUUUCAGUGUCCCAGCCUUCGUCAUCGCAGAUGACUGCCACUACUGCACGUCAAAGUGCAAACAGGCUCUCACAAGCUGCAAGUUUAACACCAGGCAUGAGGCAGAGAGUCUCUGAUUUCAAUUUCAGAAGUGGUCAGCCUGCAGAGAGAAGGAAACAGUAUCAUACGAAGUUAGAAGGGAAAGUGCAUGCAAAGGAGCCUGAAAUUGACCACCUUCAAGCAAAAAGUCAGGAAAAGGAGAAAGCAGAAAUUAAACAGUUGAGAAGAAGCCUCAACUUCAAAGCUACACCUAUGCCUUCCUUCUAUCAUAGAGUUGGGCAAGGGUCAGAUAGAAGCAAGGCCACAGCAAGUAACCCCAAAACAAGAACACCAAGGACUAAAUCUUCAAGUUCCAGUAUUAGAAUUUCUGAAAGAUCUUCAUCAAGUUCGGGCAAAGGAACUAAUCGAGCCCUUCUCAUAAGCAAACCUCUGAAGUCUCCAUUCGUCUCAGGAGCAACCAGCUGCCAUUCAACAGUCACUUCUGAUAGCACACCAUCAUCUCCAGCAGCUAUGGAAGGAGAAACCUGCAAUGAUCAUCCAAUACAAGCUGAAGUAAACAAUACAGAAGGUGAGAUGAAACAGCAAGAGAAAGAGAAGCAUAUAAGUGUCCGGAGCAAUAAAGUGCCUGAAGUUAACAAGAUUUAUAAAGGUCCAAAAGUUGAUGGAAAGCAGAAGCCCAGAAAUGGGAGGCAUAGCUAUACUGCAGUCGACAGUAGUUCAAGAACUGGUCGCCUAGCAGUUGGCGUUGCCUCGUGA